AUGAAUAAAUCAGAUUUGAAAGUCAAGUAUUUCGUUGUUGAUCAAAGAAAGGAGUCUGAAAAAAUUUAUAACUGCUCGAGUAAUGGUUUACCAUUUAUGCAGAGAAAGAAGAAGCACAAUACCACUGAGUUUCAACAUAUUUUCAAUAGAAUUGACCAAGUAACGUCGAACCAAGUUCCAAAUCAAAGUAUUAUGCCGAUUGAAAGACUAGAUUUUCUCGAUUUUCUCGAUUUUUCUCCAAAUGGAUUAUUUGCCGAGACAAAUGAAGAAAAUAAUGUGAAUUAA